CCCCUUAGUACAAAAGAAAGGGUUUCUCUAAGCCAUCACUCCGCUUCUCUAUCUCCUCAUGGUCAUCGGCCUGAAAAUGGCAAAGACUACACUUGCUUUCGCUCUAUGCAGUUGUUGCUCGACUAUUUCGAGUAAAGCAUUUAAUGCUUUACCCUUUCUCCAUCGACACACGACUAAACAGUUUGAGGGUAAAAGGAGGCCAGGUUCUUCCAAAUUCGAUCUCGACAAGCGGCUGCACAACAAAAAGUUGCUUUACAUACCAGUGCAAUUCAAAUGUGCUGACGUCCCUUUUGCCCGGGGCCUGCAUCUCGCGAUAAGGGUAACGAUUUACAGGUUGACGAUUCUUCUUGCUAGGACUUUCUCGUAUCAGCUGCUUGGUAACGAUUUACAGGUUGACAAUUCUUCUUGCUAGGACCUUCUCGUAUCAGCUGCUUGGUGAGCCCCAGUUCCCUCGGGGCGUUAUUAUACUUUUCAGUCUUUAUAGUAGUUCUGUCAGUAAGGUAUGUUGGGGGCCUUGUCCCGGUAAACAGUUAAUAGUUCAGUACUCUUUUGAGACUUCGUAGACUAUAGUCCAGUCAGUCAGAUGUUUAGCAGCUUUUGUGCUAGCCUUGUCGGCUAAUUAUUCAGACUUUUAGUCUUAUUCAGUAUUUUUGCAUUCAUGAUA